AAGAAGAACGAAAGAAAAGAAAAAAAACUCAGCGAUAUAACCACGAGAGGUGAUCCCCCUCCCUUCCACCUCCCCCCUACCGCCGUCGUCGCGUGUGUCGUCCGGUGCCGCACUCCUGGCGCUGCGUUGCUGUGACAAGCGAGACCGCCCGGGCGCCAACAGCCAAGGCGGACAAUCAGUGUUAAAAAGAGGAAGAAAUCAAGCUAUUUGCUCUCCGUCUCUUCACCUGCAAGAAAAAAAUAGUCUAUAAUUUACACCAAGAAAACUGCGAGGAAAAAAUAAUAAUAGUGAAGACAGACUGGGUGUGCCAGAGAGACGAAAAACAAAACGAGGAUAAACAAAGUGAAGUAAAGAAUAGACGAAAGACAGAAGAAUAAUACAACCGAGGACAAGCAACGUGUAGCAAAGAAGAGACGAAAGAAAGAAACAGGAUAAGUGAAACGAAGGAUAUACAAAAAAAAAAAAAAAAAAAAAAAGAGAAGUGAACACAACCGAGGAUAAAUAAAGCGCAGCAAAGAACAGACGCAAGAAAAAGAACCAGAAAAAAACCCGGGGAAAAGCAAAGUGAAGCAAAGAGUAGACUUAAGGACGAUGGCGAAUGGAGAGGUGUUCGUGGCAGUCCGAGAGGCGGCCCAACUGGAGCAGCUGGCCGUGGCUCUCCAACCCGACCUGCCCGACUGCGGCUGCGUUUACAACAUCGUGCUGAUGAAGGCGCGUCUGGGAGUUCACGUCCAGUCGAUCUACGUGUUAAAGAGACAGUCAGCCUUCCCGGUGGUGCUGUUCAGGGAGAAGGACCAGGCGUCGAGGUUCGGUGUGUACUGCAGACCGGCCGACGCGCCUUACCUGAAGGCGGCGCUGCUAGUGACACAGGUAAUCAGCAUGAAGGACGUGUGGGCGGCGGCCAUCCCCGACCACCUCGUGAGUGUGGUGAAGGAGGUGCUGACGGUGAGGUGCGGAAAACCUGCAAGAGUUCGGCUUACCUCGCAGUUCAUCACCUUAGACAGGGAAGAGGCUCUGUCAACGCCCAUUGCACGGUGUGAGAGUGGCGUCCUGUGCCAGAUUGGUGCCGCAGGCGUGGCGCACAUGCACAGUACUUGGAAAUUCGGAAAACUUUUUCACUUGAGCGUCUUACAGGCGUUAUACCCGGCUGCCCCAUCCUGUGCCGUCUACCCCCACCCGACCUCUGCCACGCCCACGCCUCCCACCUCCAUGGCUGAAGAAUGGACCCUCCCACCCGGUCCAGAUGACGAAGUCCCCGCCUCUUGGAUCGGAGUGUCUCGCCUCGGCAUGCUCGGUCAGCUGAUGACUGAUCCGAACCACCGAGGCCGUGGAUAUGCCGGGCUUGUGUUGACGGAGUGUACGCGUAGCAUGGCCAAGGCGGGACUCUUGCCUCUUUCGUGCAUAGAGCAGGAUAACAACGCAUCCAUGGCUCUUUUCGCGAAGCAUGGUUGGAAGAAGACCCAUUUGCAGAACUGGAUUUCGUGUGAAGAGCCGCCUAAGGAUUAAAUUAAGGGGAAUACUUGCCGAUGGUUGGGGUGUUUCAGAAGGUGACGGGGCUUCGAAUCUGGGGAAUGAGUCGAGUAUUAAGUGCUGUUGAUGUCUGUAAUAUCAGAUGAUCAUUACGGAAAAUGGUAUCCGUGAUUUUAUUAAGUGGCUGUUAUUCAUACGUUGCCGUCAUUAUAUUCACUGUUACAACGAUUUUAUGAUGAUGAAGAGGUAGUUUUAUUAUAAUAAGAUUUUUUUGUAUGUCUUUACCUGUAAUUGUUAAUCUACUUAAACGAAGCAUAAACGUAAUUACGAAGUAAUCAUUGUGAACUUUUCAUAUUGUAAAGUAUUAAAAAUCAUCACUAUA